AUGAGCCAUUCAAAACACCUGGUUCUCGUUGGCGGUGGCCACGCUCAUGCGCAAGUCAUCAAAGCUCUGAACAAAGCAAGUCGGUCUAAGGAUCUGAAAGUGACUCUCAUCGAUUCACAAAAGUCAGCAAGCUACAGUGGCAUGGUUCCUGGGUGCGUUGCCGGGGCCUACACAGCGGAAGAUACACUUUUGCAUUUGGAACCACUGUCUAGCUGGGCCGGUAUUGACUUUAUCAACGACCAAGUUGUAGAUAUUGAUUUUGAACGAAAAGAAAUAGUACUAAAGUCAAACGAAGAUCCAGUCUCCUUUGAUGCUGUAUCUUUGGACAUUGGGUCGGCAAGUCGAGGAUUGAAAACAACAAAGGGUGCACUGGAAAAUACGAUACCGACAAGACCCAUUUCGGAUCUUGUCAAACGUUUUGAUGCCGAGACGCAAAAAUUGAGGGCAGGAGAUUCUAGUGCUAAAAUACAUGUGGUCAUGAUCGGUGGCGGACCAGCUGGUAUUGAGCUCUCCAUGAGUGUCAUGGGACGAUGGAAGCCCAUUGUUGGUAAGGACAAUAUUCGUGUGACAGUAUUGAACGCUGGAUCCGAGUUGGUUUCGUCGGAAACGGACCUGAAUCGUCAGACUCUCGUGGCUGCCAUGGAGGAACGUGGGAUUGAGGUUCGGCAGGAAUCCUAUGUCCAGGAAGUCAAACCCAACUGUGUGGUUCUCGAAAGUGGCGAAGAAAUCUCCUGUACGCAUUGCUUGUGGGCUACCGGGGCAGAAAGCCAUUCAUUGGCCUUCCAAUUAGGAGAUCGGGGAUUGGCAGUGUCAGAUCGCGGAUACAUUCGGGUAAACCAGUAUUUGCAAAGUGUGUCCCAUCCCUUUGUGUUUGCUGCUGGCGACUGCAAUGUCAUUGAAGGCCUAUCAAAACCAAGUCCGCCAAAGGCAGGAGUCUUUGCCGUUCGGUCGGGUCCAAUCUUGGUGGAGAAUCUGCCCAAGUGUCUAACCGGAAAGACUACAAAGGAAUCGAACGAUCUUACGGCUUAUGUUCCACAAGAUGACUUUCUAAAGUUGCUAGUUUGUGGAGAUGGAACUGCAAUUGGGUUUCGGUUUGGCUUUCCUAUUCAAGGAAAGUGGGUCUUUGACUUGAAGGAUGCCAUUGACCGAAGUUUCGUGAACUUGUUCAAGGAAGAGAAUCUGCCAGAAUUGGAAGAUGGGAAGCCCUAUGAUAACUCACAAUACGAUGCCACUGCAGAUCGACGUCCACCUUUGGAUCCAACUGAUGCAGCAGAAAUCUGGAGAAGGACCGAUGACGAUCUAAACUACGAGGAGGCGUGGGAUGUCAUUCGUGACAUGGCUGCCGAUGAGCAAUACAAGAAUUCGGUCCUCGAAAUUCUGGCAGACCGUUUUGGCGCAUGA